AUGUAUUUUCAAGGCGAGGGCAGCAUUGACAUUCCCGUGCAAGACAUCAUUUCCUGGAUUUUCGACGAAGAACGAUAUGAUAUCGACAAGCCAGUCUACAUCGAUGCCUCCGAUACGAGCCGUUCCAUUUCCUGGCGACAAGCCCGCAUUCUGGUGCGUCAGUUGGCCGCUGGAUUCAAAGCAGCGGGUCUGAAGGACGGCGAUUGUGUGUGCCUUCACUCAUUCAAUGAUAUCUAUUACAGCAUCCUUGUGCUCGGAAUAAUCGCAGCCGGGGGAAUAUACAUGGGCACCAAUCCGAGCUAUACAUCCCACGAACUCGGCUAUCACCUCCGAGAAGCACAGGUUAAAUUCGUCAUCAGUGAACCAGAGAUGCUACAUCGCAUGAUCCCCGCCGCUGAAGGCAACGGUAUUCCGCAAGACCGCAUCUGGGCCUUCACAACGCGCGAGUCGCAGGUUCCAGCGACGACGGGACUUGCUCCUUGGACUGCGUUGCUGAAACACGGCGAAGCCGACUGGCGCCGUCUUAAUGAUCCCAGUCAAGCGAAAACCACCGUAGUAGCGAGACUGUUCAGCUCCGGUACGACUGGUCUCCCUAAACCCGUGGAUUUUACCCACUACAAUCUGAUCGCACAACAUACGCUGGUGUACGAUGCACAUCCCGUCCCAUUUGAGGCACGCCGAAUCCUCUAUCUGCCCUUCUUCCACGCCGCCGCAGCCCCAUCCGCACACUUCAGCACCCUCCGUCUUGGCGAUCCAUCCUACGUCCUUCGCCGCUUCGAGCCAGACCUCUUCUUAACCACUGUUGACAAACAAAAGAUUACCGAAUGCACGGCCGUCCCGCCAAUUAUUCAUGCGAUACUCGCCCAGUCCACGACCUCGAAAAAUUCCAAGUCAUUACAAUCACUAAAAGUCAUCCGCUGCGGCGCCGCCCCACUAGACAAAACAACUCAAGCACGUCUUCAGGCCCUCCUCUCCCUAGACGCAACCUUCACCCAAGUCUGGGGCAUGACGGAAGCCUCCUGCAUCGCGACCAUGAUACCCUACCCUGAACCAGACGACACAGGGAGUGUGGGCCGGCUACUCCCCGGUAUAGAAGCGAAGAUAAUCGACUCGGACGGGAAUGAUAUCACUGCUCCUGACACAACAGGUGAGGUCUGUCUACGGGGCCCUACCAUCGUACGCGGAUACUUCAACCUCCCUUCCGCCAAUGAGAACGCGUUCGAUAAAGAUGGGUUCUAUAGAACAGGCGACUUGGGGUACUGCGAUGACAAGACAAAAAUGUGGUAUCUGCUCGAUCGGAAGAAGGAUAUUAUCAAGGUUCGCGGGUUCCAGGUUGCGCCGGCGGAGGUGGAGGGCGUGCUGAGGAAUCAUCCGCGCAUUCGAGAUGUCGCGGUGGUGGGAGUCCAUGAUGCCGAGGCAAAGACGGAGUAUCCGAAGGCGUAUGUCGUGAGAGAGGAUCAGUCGCUACAUGAGGAUCAGGUAAAGGAGUACGUGGCGCAGCGGUUGGCGAAGUAUAAGAGGUUGGAUGGUGGGGUGCGGUUUGUGGGUGCGAUCCCGCGUAAUGCGAGUGGGAAGAUUCUGAAGCGGUUGUUGGAGGAUAAGAGCACGGUGAAGUUGUAG